AUGAGUUCAAGAGACGAGGAAGCAUCUGAAAUAACAAAUACAGGCUCGACCAUUAUGUCUGGGAUAUCAGAUGCAGCCCAAUUAUCCAAGGAGCAACCCGUGUUUGACAUUGAACAAGUACAACUUCAAUUCAGCCUUAAUCAUUCAUUGCAUAAAUUAUGUGUUAAAAAUAACAUCAUGUAUCUUUUAGAAGAUAUUUAUGUAUACAAAAUUAGUUUGGAAAAUCCUUCGGAGGUGAAACAGCUUCUGUUGCCAUCUGGAACAGACAGUAAGAUCAUAGAUUCGUGGUUACAUCCAAAUGGAUUGCAUUUGGUUAUACGGACUAGCGAUUCUAAUUAUUAUUAUUUGCAUGAAUCGUAUAGCAACUUUAAGCUACUUCCUCGGUUUAAAAAUAUGGAUAUUAAGUUCAUGGUAUUUCCUAAUUCACAAGAAUAUAGAGAAUCUACAGGCGACUUCUUGAUUGGAACAAAAGACGGUUCCGUCUACAUAGGUCAUAUCAAGCAUAAUAAUAAUGGAAAUGAUAAAAAGAAAGAUGACAAAUAUGUGAAAUUAGUAUACAAGCAACAGCAACCGAUUUUUGGACUUACUUAUGCUAACAAUGAUUUACAAAUUAAUAUAUUUACUAGUAAUCAAUUACUAAUGUGGGAUUGCUUUGAUAAUUCAUAUUCUGAGUUAAUGAAGGUAUUUAAAAUGAAACCGAAAACAGUUCCUCUUCCCAAAUCUAACAAUCUGACACCCGUUUUUGAGUCUAACGACCAAUAUUUUGCAUAUUUAGUGUCACCUACGCAUGAAAUACAUUCGAAUGAUCCAGAGUUAUAUCUUUCUAAAACAGAAAAAUUGAAUUUUUUAAAUGAUUCUGCAUCUACUUAUUCUAAUUCAUUGAUAAUAAGUCCGCAUCAUCUAAUCUCAUUGAAUAAAAAUCACGAUAAGCUUUAUAUUCAUAAUAAGUUAGCGAAUUCGAAACCUACUGUGAUUAAUGUGAAAGAACAUUUGCUGAAAAGCGAAAAACUUCUUGGUAUAACUGCAGACUAUGCUAAAAUGACAUAUUGGUUAUAUUCAAGUAAUAAUAUAUAUGAGCUUGUUAUUAACAAUGAAUCAACAUCUGUCUGGUACAAUUAUUAUAAACUUGGAAAGUACGAAAAAGCUUUAGAAUGCCUUGAAGAUCCGGAUUCGAAGAAUUUUUUUAAAAAGGAUAUGGUUCUAGUAAAACAAGGUUAUGAUUACUUACAAAAAGGUGGCUUCGGAAUUGAUUUUGUUGACGAAGAUAUUGAUCAGGACUUAUUUAGCCUUCAAGUGAAAGGAAUUAAAAUUUUAGGCCAACUGUCUGAACCAUUUGAAAAGGUGUGUUUAAUGCUUUUAAACUUACAGCAGCCUCUUAUUGAUGGUGAUAGAGCUAAGAGAAAUUAUUCUUCAGAGAAAUUAUUAGUUGAAUAUUUAUUGAUGAAGUUCAAACUUGCCAAAACCGUAGAAAGAUCUCGUAUUAGGGUGAUUGUUUUAUCAACUUGGAUUAUCGAAUUGAUGCUCAGAACUACGUAUGCAUUAGAAAAUGAAGUCAAACUCCUUACAUCACUGGAGGCACCAAUGAUUCAAAAGGAAGAUUCUUUCCAAAAGAAUUUUGAAAAGAAGAAGAGCAUGCUCAAUUCGUUAAAUUCUCUGUUUGAAAAUUUCCUAUCUCAAAACUAUAAAAUCCUCGAUGCCGGAACAGUCUACCAGAUAAUAGGUGAUUUACAUUAUCCUUCGAAAUUAAUAUAUUUUGCAGAAUUAAUACAGGAUUAUGAAUUUAUUCUAAACUAUUAUAUUGAUAUAGAGGACUGGAAUAGUUCUUUGAAGACAUUAGUUAAAAUUUACACUGUGUCAGAGACUAACAAUGUGGAUAUAAUUUAUAAGAAAUCGACAAUAUUAUUAAUAAAUAGUCCAAAAUUAACUGUUGAAACCUGGUUGAAAUUCCCCAGUUUGAAUUAUGAAAAGCUCUUGCCAGCAAUUUUAAUUUAUAAUAAAAAUAAUCAUACAUUGCCAUUAGCAGAUAAUCACAGCAUCCCAUUUUUACUGAAGAUAAUUUUUGAUAAAGGUAUUAAAGACAAGACCGUCAACAAUUGUUACUUGUCUUUAUUAAUCACAUAUCCAAUUAAGGAUGAUGAUACUAGGAAGCGUUGCACAAGGUACAUCGUUAGAUUCUUGAAUUAUGCGAAGACUGAACCUAUGAAUAAUUCAAAAAAGUUUCCUCUCUAUUCUGCAGAUUUCAUUCUCAGGUUGUGUAUCAAUUAUAAACAAUAUCAAGCCGCUGUUAUUAUUUUGAUUAAUGAUAUGGGUUUAUAUGAACAGGCAUUAAAAUUAUCUCUCAACAAUGGGUUAACUGAAUUGGCUGAAUUUGUGCUAAAAAAAUAUGAAGGGUCUAUCCUUAAUAAUGGACAGUUAGAAUUAAUUGGUGACGACUACGAACUUGUGUACAAUAAAAGUGAACCUGGAGAUAUAAAUUCCGUUUCUAAAAUAAAGUUAGAAGAAGAUAACUUCAGCUCUAGGAAAAAGCUUUUAAUGAUGUUUGCUAAAUAUAUUAUUGAUGGUAUUUGCCAAGGGAAAGAGUUUGAAGUUUUGAAUAUUGUUGAUGACGAUAAAGAAAGCAAUAUUUUGGUAUCACAAGAUAAUGAAGAUGAAAAACAGAAUGGCGAUCCAGUUCAGGAUGUUACUAAUAAUUUAGUCGAUUCAAUGAGAAAAGUUGAUAAUCUGGUCAUUAGAGAAAUAAACCUGUCCAAGCUAAGCAAGGCUCUUAGAUACUUAUUAAAUUUGUCAUUUGGGAACAACUCAGAUUCGAGUAUUAUCACUCUUAAAGAUUUAUUACCAUUAUUUCCGGAAUCUAUUAUGAUUAAUAACUUCAAGGAUGAGAUAGUGAAAUCAUUAAACCAAUAUAAUACGAGAAUCAAUCAGUUAUCUUCAGAAAUGCAAGAGUCAUUGAAUAUUACGCAUAAGUUAAAGAGUCAAAUCAAAGAAUCUAAACAGAAGGAAGCAAGAGGCAAAAUUUACACUAUUAUUGAACCUGGGGAACCAUGUAAGUUGUGUCAAAAUUUAUUGAUUAAUAAAAAUUUUGUGUGUUUUCCAAAUUGCCAUCAUAAUUUCCAUAAAGAUUGCCUCGUGAAGUAUUAUCUAAAGCUGAAAAGUGAUUAUAGGUUCAAAAAGAUAUUCCAAAAUUUCAAGAAGAAUGCAAGUGUAUCAAAUAAACAAGAAUUAGAUGAUAUUAUGUUAAAGGAAUGUGUUUUAUGUAAUGAUGGAAAUAUUUCAACAAUUGAUGCCAAUAUAAUUGAUAUCGAUAGAAAUAAAGCUGAAUUACAAGAAUGGGAACUAUAA